UUUUCUAUCCGUCCCACUUUUCGUUCUACUAUUCGUAUCCUCCCUGUAUCUACCUUUAUCCAUAGUUUUCUCGCAUAACUCAUAUAUUACCACUGAGCUAUAUAUAUUAUCCAUGCGCACGCACGCACGUGUUUAGUUUUACGACGUUUUUGUGGUGGAGAAAACGGUAGAGAAAUGGCUUUGAAAGAAAAAAUAAGGGACGUUCUUUUAAAUCCCAGUAAAGUAAAUGACGUUGUUGAUAUUAUAGAAGAACUAGAUAGCAAAAAUACGUCUGUAGUUUUGGAAUGUAUUGAUGGCUUGGGUAAAAUGUUUUCAACAUGGAUCAUAUCAGGCACAUGCCCAUUGACCAGCAAGGUAUCAAAAGUGUCUAAAAGGAAGGUUUCUGACAAUCCAGAGGAGAUUUUUCAGCGUUGGUUAAAUCAGAACUAUAUUCAGACCGUAAAUAAGUUACUGGGACUCCUGCAAUCGCCUAUUCCUGAAGUCAAAGAGAAAGCCUUACACACUUUGAUGAUUUUCAUUAAAGCAGAGAGCCAAAGGAUGCAAGAGAAUUCACAGGACACUAUCUUUGCCAAUGAUUUACUUUUGAAAAUAGUGGAAAAGUCAACAGACGACUUGUACAGCAAUGAUAGUUUGGUUGCAUUUUUGAAACCAUAUCUUCAAUAUAAUGAUAUAUGUUAUUAUGUGCUGAAGAAUUUGAGCAGAAUUAUCUUAAAAUCUUCCAGUGGUACAUCAGAGUGUGGGUCAUAUUUUUUUAAAAAUGUGUUCCAUCUCUUGCUAUUGAUUACCAUACCUCAAUUUAAAGAAGAACUGGAUAACUUAUUUGUCAUCCAAGGUGAAUCAGUUUUAACCAAUCAAAAUGUCAUAAACCAUAACGUAAUGAACCUAAAUGCCUACAAGAAAGUUUUUACUAAUGCUUGGGUGCCAUUCCUUGGUCUUCCACUGGAUAAAGCUUUAUAUCGACAAGUUUUGAUCAUGCUUGAAGACAAAGUUAUACCUCAUCUCGUUGACCCAAAAAUUUUGAUGGAUUUUCUGGUUGAUUCCUAUGACAUUGGUGGUGUGACCAGUAUUCUUGCGUUAAACAGUUUGUUUGUCCUAAUACACAAGUACAACCUUGAUUAUCCUGAUUUUUAUAAAAAACUGUACAGCUUGUUCGAUGCAGAAGUUUUCCACCUGAAAUAUCGUGCUCGGUUUUUCUACCUUGCUGAUUUGUUUUUGAUGUCAACUCAUUUGCCAGCAUAUCUGGUUGCAGCUUUCAUUAAACGGCUUUCAAGGCUUGGGCUGAGUGCUCCACCUCAUGGAGUGGCUUUGAUAAUCACAUUUGUGGGAAAUCUUAUCUGUCGACAUCCCAAUUGUCAAGUUUUAAUCCACAGAGAAAUAGAGAAUCUAAAUGGGGGAGAUUUAUCUGAGUCAAAGAACAAAAUUUUAGCUGACCCUUAUAAAGAAGAUGAAGCUGAUCCAAGCCAAUGUGAAGCAUUGCAAAGUUCUUUAUGGGAGCUCGAAACUUUGCGGCAACAUUACUAUCCACAGAUCAAAGAUUUAGUGGAGCUACUAGAAAAACCAAUUGGCAGAAAUGAAACUGAUGUCUCAGAAUAUUUUGAAUCUUCAUAUGAAACUUUGUUUGAUAAAGAGUGCACAGAACUCACCAAUAGUAAUGCAUUCAUUGAAUAUCAUGUACCCAAAGGACUUUUAUCAGGAUCUUUGCAUGAACUAUGGAGUAUUAAUGAAUAAACAGAACAACAUUAGCCAAAAAGAUAAUGUCUUCGAUAUGAUUAAAUUCAUAGAACAGGCCUGAAGGCAGGGAUGUUAGAGCUUAGUUGAAUUUUAGAAGUGGGGCGUUGCCAUGCUUUGUCAAAGUUUAAACCCUGCAAAUCGUUGCGUUUGGCUUCUUCGCCGUCGCAGUCUUGUAUUUCGCUUCUUGGCAACAUUCUCCAUAAUUUUAAUUUGGGAGAUAAAGUGAGAAACAGUGUUUCCUGACUGGACCUUGCCUUCGUGAUUACCCUUUUCUCCACGCUAUAUGCCACGUGAUAGAAAUGCAAGUUUGAAACAACAUUACAUAAGUAUCAGGCCUGUAU